GAAUUUCUCAGAUUUCGUGUUUGUUUUUAUCCAUUCGGUAUCAACGCAACAGCCGUAGUUGAACAGUUGGAGUUUGAUCUAUAACUGCGAACAAUUUAAUCGAGUGGCGCAUAAAUUCAAACAGGUAAAAUUCACACACUUAGCGCAGGACUGCAGAAUGGCUGCAGAUUUCUCUACGAGUAUGGAAGUGGACGAAAACCUUGGCGAUCAGGAUAACAUUGAUUUGGCAGACAUUGCGUUGGCAGACGAUAUACAGAAUCGCCCUUACCAGGACGAGCUCAUCGACCUUGCACUGAAAGAGAACGUCAUCUGCGCUCUGGGAACUGGCAUGGGGAAGACUCAGAUUGCUGUGGGUGUGUGUAAACGCUUGCUGUUCGAAAUCACGGUACCCUGGGAUGAAGGAGGAAAACGAACGAUAAUGGUGGUUCCUACAGUCCCGCUGGUUGAUCAGCAAGCGAAAUACUUUCGACGGUGGCUGCCAAUAUCUGUCAAGGGAUACCAUGGCGGAAUAUGCGUUAAAUGGAACAAAGAGUCGUGGGAAGCUGAGUUUCGGGCGCAUCAGAUGUUGCUCAUGGUACCAGAUGUCCUAAAAGACCUUCUGCAUAAUUGGAUUUUAGACGUGUCACGCAUAAAUUUGCUGAUUUUGGACGAGUGUCAUCGUGCCGGGAAGAGUCAUUCCUACAGAGAGAUAAUGCGCUACAUAGAAAAACGUCCAUCUUCCGAACGUCCCCGCAUCUUGGGUCUGACGGCAUCCGUCGUGCAGUGCAAACUAAGGAAUCUGGACGGUCUGAAUGCGUUGAUAGCAGAACGCGAAGAAUGUCUGGGAGCCAAAGUUUGUACAUCCGUGGACGAAACGGUUGGAUUAUACGAAGCUAAACCGCAAAUAUCCGUUGAAGUUUUUCAGCCGCAGUCUGACAACGAUGACGACACUGAAAUUUGUUCUGAACUUGACGAAACAAUUCAGUGGCUUGAUUCUGCAAAAACAUAUCUGAGAGAAAUCCUAAUUAAUGCGGCCAGUGAGGCAGGGAAUGUGGACGUCCAUGGAAUGUCGGAUGAGCAUUUUCAGCUGGGUGUCCAUAGAUCCCUCCAGCUUCUGAGAUCUUCCCUGUCGCAGAUGAGGGAAACAUACCGUUCACUGGGCCCGUGGUGUGCUUACCAGGUGGCCUGUAUGGUGAAAAAGGAUUUUGAAUUGUUAAUUCGCAAUAAAUGUUUCUACAAGGAGCUUGUUAAUCCCGCACUGAGUGCUAUAAGUGAGCUGCAUAUUUUUGGAUCGUUACUGGAAAUAAAAAAGCACACAAAGAACAUUCCGCGAGGGGAUAUCGAAGCGAUAUCAGAAGUGGCUUCUCCAAAGUUACGCAAACUUAUGGAUGUAAUGAUGGCCAACAAACCUAGUGAAAAAGUGGAAGAUGCAUCUAGGGGUUUGCGUUGUAUUGUAUUUGUGCAGUCCCGAUUCGACGCAUGGGCAUUGGCUAAGUUUUUUUCCUUCCUCUCCGUCGGCGGAUCUGGAGAAUUUUCUUUCAUUAAAUCUGGGUAUCUUGUGGGUCAACUGCUGCCGUCGGGAAGCGAUGGCGAGAAACCUUAUCGAGUGGGUUUAAAUCAUGCACAGUCAGCAGCCACUUUGGAGAAAUUUCGACGAGGUGCUGUAAAUGUUUUGAUCGCCACGAAUGUCGUGGAAGAAGGUCUGGAUGUUCCCGACUGCAAUCUGAUUAUUCGGCUCGAUAAACCGUCGAAUUACUGCUCAUACGUCCAGUCAAAAGGACGCGCAAGAGCGCAGAAUUCCAGAUAUAUUGUGUUUUCGGAUUCCUUUGAUAAGACAAAGCGUGAACUGGACGAAUAUGACAAAUUGGACCAGCGCCUCAAGGAUAUGUGUGUGGAACGCGUGGUUCCUGAUAUGGAUACGCAGUCCCAGCACUUCUCGGAUAAAUCGGACCACUUUAGUCCUCCUGGUUCGAAAGCUAUGGCAACUUUAAAUACAGCACUUACCUUGCUGCAGAAGUAUUGCAAUUCCCUUGAACCUCGAUUACGCUUCUCCGCUGGAAAUGUUCAUGGCAAAUACAUUCACAGUAGCUCAGGAUUAUAUGCUUUCCGGAUUUACAUGAGACUGGACUCUGCUUUAAAGCAUCCUGUUACCGGUCCAUUUAAAAAGUCCAGAAAACUGGCAAAGCAAGCCGCGGCAUUACAGUGCGUAGAAGAACUGUACAACAAGGGAGUUUUGGAUGAAAACUUGCUACCAAUCGUGGAAACUCAUCAGGAUGACAUGUUCCUAAUGAUUGGCGAUCGGCAGAAAGAACCAACAACAGAGGGAGAAGGAGCGGCAGGAUCAAAGCGUCGGAAACAGUUCUAUCCUAAAAAGACCGCAUCGCUUCUGAAUCGUUGCCGUCCAAUCGUGGGAAUGCCCUGCCAUUUGUACCUAAUUCGAAUUGAGCAUCAGCGGUCUUUUCUAAAAGAUGAUUCCUCCAGAUUUCUCGCCGAUGAUUCCAGAUGUAUCGGUUUCUUGUCGAGAUGUGCCAUGCCGCCCUUCCCAGCUUUUAAUGUUUAUAUGUGCAGAGCGGAAUAUCAGAUAACUUUGUCGCUGCUAAGCGAUUCCAUAAUUCUGAAUUCCCAAAAGUUGGACGAUAUACAAAAAGCUCAUUGUGCCAUCUAUGAGCAAGCACUUCUGUUUAUCGAAGCCAUCGCGUUGCAUUUCGACGAGAAUCUGGACAGUGAAGCUUUCUACGUGGUGCCGCUGACCAAAUUACUCACUGGUGCAGGCCUGUACGGGAUUGACUGGGAAAUGAUUGAUCGCAUUAAAGAUCCUGCUCAAUACUCCGUGAUUUCUCUUCCGGAAGAAGAGCGGCGGUAUCGGAAGGUUAAACCGACAAGUUUCGUCGAUGGCGUUGUAGUGCGCUGGUAUAAGCCGGAAGAUGACCGCUUUUUCAUUACGAAUAUGCGGGAUGAUAUGACGCCAGCGACACCCUGUAAAUUAGACGAAUAUACUUCAUUCAGUGAAUAUUUUGAGCGGAAGUACGGAAUACAGAUUCAGGACUUGAAUCAACCAAUUAUGGAUGCCAUUUUUUGUUCCAAAAGGCUAAAUCUGAUAAAGUUUGUUUAUCACGGUAUUAAACCGGACGAAACAGCGAAAGAUUCCCGUGCAGAAACUAAGCGUAAUGGACAGUUAAUGCUUGUCCCAGAACUCUGCCAACUCUUUCCCAUGCCUGCGCCGCUGUACAUCAAGUGUCUUGUUCUUCCGUCGCUCCAGCAUCGCAUGCGUUGGUUUUCGCAUAUGCUCUCCUUGUAUCGCCGACUGAAAAGCGAAACUGGUAUUGGAAUUGACACUGUCGAACCGGACAGCUGGCCGCCGUUGGUUUAUCAAGGGAAAACGCAAAGGGAUAUCGAAGGGGCAUCUCAGCGUUAUCUCCAACAAGACACUGACCAAGAAAUGUCGGUAGCCGUUGUCAGUGGUAACAAAAUGCCCGAAAAGGAAUCAUCAUCAGAGCCUGAACGUAUCGAAACAGAAGCAGAUGAACUUCCUGAUGAUUUCGGAUUAGUCUACACUCAGUUUGUCCGUCAUAAAUUUUAUAGUUUGGCGGAUGAGGGAGUCGAUGACUAUGAGGUCAUGAAAGUAGAAGAACCCUCUCCAAAGAGCCCUGCAUCUUCCGAUACAUCAGCUAACGAUUUUUAUUACGAUCUCCCGGCAUCUGGAUGCUCUCCCGCCCUUUUUGAAUGUCCGUUUUCUAUAGAUGCUGAAUUUUCUUUGGAUGUACGGAAACUACCCUUACCUGAUCUGAAUCACUUGUUGAACGCCGUGACAUCCGCCAAAGUGGCUGAUGGAUUCAAUUUGGAACGUUUAGAAGUUAUUGGAGACACGUUUUUGAAAUUCUCAUCGUAUGUUUACGUGUAUUUCCGGUUCAGGCAACACCAAGAAGGAAGACUGACGCAACUGUGCGAUCAGUUUGUAUCGAAUUUUAAUCUUUAUCGCCUAGCGAAAACCAAAGAUCUUCAAAACUAUGUCCUGAAUCAAGAGUUUAAUCCAGGAGAUAAUUUCGUCCCACCUGGUUAUAUUUUUGAUGAGCAGGAAUCCAACGAGAUGCUGGCAAAUUCAGGUACCAAGGCGGACAAAUUUCCAUCGGCUCGCGUACACCAACCCAUUGAAGACAAGACAAUUGCCGACGUUAUGGAAGCUUUGAUAGGCACGUUUCUCAUCAAUUCUAGUGCCCGCAGUGCGCAGGUGUUUAUGUCAUGGUUGGGGCUGUGUGUACUGCCGGAAACGACAAAUGCACCCCAAGAAGGACCAUCUGUUGACAGAUAUGGAGUGUUUCGUGCGGAAGAUAUUACCUCUCCGUUGCUUAGAAUGGGUGCGGAUGUUGAUGCCGAACUAUGCAAGCUGACGGCGGGAUUCGACGAUUUUGAACGGCGAAUAGGAUACAGAUUCCGGAACAAGGCCUUCUUACUGCAGGCCUUCACGCAUUCGACAUAUGAACCCAAUUCCAUUACGGACUGCUACCAGAGGCUGGAAUUUCUCGGUGAUGCCAUUAUCGAUUUCUUAAUAACCCGUUACGUUUAUGAAGAUUUCAAGAGUCAUGCUCCCGGUGUGAUGUCAGACUUGCGUUCAGCUUUGGUCAAUAAUCUGACAUUUUCUACAUUAGCUGUUAAAUACAAUUAUCACAAUCAUAUUAAAUUCCAAAGUCUCCAUUUACAUAAUACCAUCGACUUAUUUGUCCAAACGGUGCAGGAGAAACAUCAGGAUGUGUUGCCGCUGCAAGAGGAAAUGUUGAUUGCUGACUUUGACGACGAUAAAGAUGAUGACGACGUCGAUAUCGGGUAUGAAGAACCAGAAGCUCCAAAAGCCUUGGGAGAUGUAUUCGAGGCGGUAGCCGGGGCAAUCUUUCUAGACAGUGGUUUGUCACUCGAUACGGUGUGGAAGGUCUAUUACAAUAUUAUGCGAGCCCAAAUAGAACACUUCACGAAAAAUUGUCCGAUAAAUCCAGUUCGGGAACUAAUGGAACGGGAAGGCGUGAAUUGUCGGUUUGGGUCAGCCGAACGUUUGAGUAAUGGGAAAACGUUGGUCCAGGUGACAGUCUUAGGCAAAGGGACCUUUGUUGGGAAAGGUAAUAACUCUCGCGCUGCAAAGUGCAAUGCUUCUAAAGCUGCUCUGGCUCAGAUUAAAAGGUGAUUCCGUCUCUUGUGUUAUUCUGGAUUUUCGUUGUCGGAAGUUUUUGGUUUUCAUUUGUAUACGAUAUGUUUCUGUGCUAACUGGUACACUGGCGGAUCUUGUUGUUUAUUUGGUUGUGAUAAAUCUCACUGAUUUAAUAUAUUUGUUUUGAUAAGUUUUUUAUGUCACUGUUUACUUGUUUGCGCGUUUUGCACUGAGAUUUUCUGGGAAGCGAAAACAAAAUAAGUUUAUUUCUUGUUG